AUGUCUCGACACAUCCGUACGAGCAUUGAUGAGACCAUACCACCCUCUGAAUGGCAGGUCGACUUUGAUAAUACAAUAUGCGCUGAUUUGGCAUUGUCGACCAACAUCCAAGCGGAUAGCCUCAACCUCUCCGAAUAUAUAAGUGGCCUGCCAUCUGCAUGUUCAAUGCCUCUCACACCCAAGAGCGACGACUUUUAUCGACGCUCUUCUUCUGCAGUAAGCACAGACGACUUCUUUCAAUAUCGCGAACCGAAGGAAGCCUGCAGUACUUCUGGGAGUAUGAGCUCGAAAGGCGGUACAUCUCUUUCUGCUUCACGAGUGAGAAAACAACAGAAACAGCAUUCCAAAAAAACUUGGAAGAUGAGCGCUUGGGCUCAUGAGAAUAAGAAGACAAGGGACAAGAUGUAUCGUCAGCAAAGGGAACAAAAGAGAAAAUCGGAACUAUCCUCAUUGAAAGAGAUGAUACUGAAUUUAAAGAAAGAUAAAUCCGAUUUAGAGUAUACCAAUUCCCAACUUAUCGCUGAAAGAGACCAGAUUAGUAGUAAUACGACUAAAAGUGAAUUAUCGUCACAAGAAACUCUGGGAACUUUGGAAAUUGUCAAUAACUCACUUUCAGCUAGAUGUGCAGGAUUGGAAGAUGAGAAUGGAAGAUUGAAAAAUACAAUACAAUGGUAUGGCUCCGACUGUUCGAAGAUGAUUGAUACGUUAGCAAGUAUCAGUAAGGAUUUUGAAGUGUCAGUUGAAGAACAAGAUGAGCGAAAUCAGUCGAGAAUAGAGUACCUGGAAUCGCUCGUAAGGGAACUGCAAAAGUAG